AUGGGUUGCUGCCAUGGCUGGGAGUUUGGGACUUUCCCCCCUUCCAAGACCUUGGAAGAAGGGUUUGUCGUACUUAAUCAUCGUCGCUUUCCCUGCUUUUCCCCGAUUUCUCAAGCGUCAGCCUCCCCUUCGCUGCUUCUUUUUCCUUCCCAUCCUUCGUCAUUCGUUUCUGUUCUGUUGGUCUAUUCCUUCGUUCGCUCGUUCUGAGAAAUCUCGCUUCAUUCGGUGCUAGACAUCGUCCUAUAAUUGUGUUGCAUUUGAGUAUCAUUUAUAGAAAGUGAAGGCAGAAAAAGGAAAGGAGAAAAAGCGAAAGUCGAACUCGGAAAGAAAAGAUGAUGCCCACUUACACUCGUCUGCUCGCCACCGCGUGCGCGUUGGCUACUACUGCCAAUGCUGUCACCCCCCUUGUCGUCAAGGGCACCGACUUUGUCAACAGCAAGACAGGUGAUCGCUUCCAGAUCCUUGGUGUCGACUACCAGCCCGGUGGCUCCUCUGGCUUCAGCAAGACUGAGGACCCUCUCAGUCAGCCUGACGCCUGUCUUCGUGAUGCCGCCCUCAUGCAGAGCCUUGGUGUCAACACGAUCCGUGUCUACAACCUGUCGCCCUCCGUCGACCACAGCAAGUGUGCCUCCAUCUUUAACGGUGCCGGUAUUUACAUGAUCCUGGAUGUGAACUCCCCACUUUACGGUGGCUCUCUUGACCGUACCAAUCCAUCCGGCACCUACAACGCCGACUACUUCGAGCAGGUCUUUGGUGUCAUCGAGGCCUUCAAGAACUUCCCCAACACUUUGGCCUUCUUCUCCGGCAACGAGGUCAUCAACGAGGACAGUGUCUAUGCGGCUCCGGCCUAUAUUCGCGCUGUCACGCGUGACAUGAAGGAUUAUAUCGCUAAGAACGCCAACCGUAGCAUUCCCGUCGGUUAUUCUGCUGCGGACGUGCGCCCCAUUCUUCUCGACACCCUCAACUACUUCAGCUGCAACCUUGAGAACUCCACCAGCUCCCGCGCUGAUAUGUUUGGUCUCAACUCCUACUCCUGGUGCGGCGAUUCCUCUUUCAAGACUAGCGGCUACGAUGUGCUUGUUGAUGACUUCUCCAACUCUUCUUUGCCCGUUUUCUUCUCUGAAUAUGGUUGUAACCUCGUCACGCCUCGCAAAUUCUCCGAGGUGGGCACAAUCUAUGGCAAAGAGAUGUCUGCCGUCUUCUCUGGUGGUUUGGUCUACGAGUGGACCCAGGAGGAAAACAACUACGGUCUUGUCUCCGUCAACAGCAGCGACACUGCCACCCUCCUAGUCGACUACGACAACCUGAAGAUCCAAUACUCUAAGCUGGAUAUGAGCAGCAUUGAGUCCUCCAACGCCACUCAGACCUCCCGAGAGCCCGCUGCCUGCGAGUCCUCCCUGAUCACCAACGGCACUUUCCUCAACUCCUGGGACCUGCCUACCCGCCCUACUAAGGUCAAUGAUUGGAUCAGCAACGGCUACACCAACGCCACAGUUGGCAAGCUUGUCACUGUUUCGUCCACGGCUAUUCCCCAGACCAUCUACGACUCGAACGGCAACAAGCUCUCGAGCAUCAAGUACUCGGUCCUUGCCAAUGAUCAGUCGAACGUCCCUAAUAACGAGACCUCCACCAGCACCAGCAGCAACUCGUCCAGCUCCAGCUCUUCCAGCUCCUCCAGCUCCUCUAGCAGCUCUAGCACGUCUGACUCUCACGAAAACGUUGACACAAACGGUGCCACCGCCGCUGCUCAGAUGUCCGCCUCUGUCCUCUGUCUUCUGAGUGGAGUCACCCUGUUCGCCGCUUUCUUGCUGUGAACACCCUUAUACACCAUAUAGAUAUUAGAUAUAUUCUUCUCUUCAACUAGUUGCGCUGAUGCUUUGAUGCAUCAGCUCGCUCGUCAUUUGCUUGAUAUGAUAGUUUCACUUCGGUUGCGACAUUACUUGUUCCCGGUGAACGUGCUUUCAUGCGCAGGACUUACCCUGACCCCGGAUGGUCGGUGGUGUGGAGACGAAUUCAUGUACAGAAUAUGGCAGUCUCGUCAUUCCAUCCCAAUUGAAGCCCCGGGGGGCCGUGGGCCUGGCGUGGGGAGACACGGGAAUAUGAGGUCUUUUGCUUGCUUGCUUGUGCGCGCUUGCUUUAUGCUACGGGUCUAUCGUCUAAUCCAUUUGCUGC